AUGGGCUGCCGGGAUGUUCAUGCAGCAACUGUACUGGCCUUCCUCAGUGGAACAGCCUCAGUAGCUGGACUCCUUGCAGCAGUUCUGCUUCCAAACUGGAGGCAAAUGAGACUGUACACAUUCAACAAGAAUGAAAGGAAUGUGACCGUUUACACUGGACUCUGGAUUAAGUGUGCUCGCUUUGAUGGGAGCAGAGACUGUGUGAUAUAUGACCCACAGUGGUACACUGCUGUUGAUCAACUGGAUUUGCGUGUUCUUCAGUUUGCCCUUCCGCUGAGUAUGUUAACUGCUGUCUCAGCUCUGUUUCUCUGCUUGAUUGGCAUGUGUAACACAGCCUUUGUAUCCAGCGUGCCAAACAUCAAAUUGGCCAAAUGCCUCGUAAACAGUGCAGGCUGCCAUCUCGUGGCUGCUCUCUUGUUCCUGCUUGCAUGUGCCAUUUGUCUCACUCCAUCGAUCUGGGUCAUUUUUUAUAACAGUUAUCUGAACAGAAAAUACGAGCCUGUUUUUAGCUUUGACAUCUCUGUAUUUAUUGCCAUUGCCAGUGCUGGUGGUCUGUUUUUCACUUCCGUUCUGCUGUUUCUGUGGUACUGCGCGUGUAAAAGCCUACCUUCUCCUUUCUGGCAACCCCUCUAUUCCCACGCCCCUAGCAUGCACAGCUAUGCCUCUCAGCCGUAUUCUGCACGCUCUCGCCUCUCUGCCAUAGAAAUUGACAUUCCUGUUGUGACACGUGCAUCUUAAGAAGACGAAGUCUUGGAAGCCAAGUUCGUGUGCUCAUUCAAACCGUGAAAAUCGCAGGCUUGAUUCUCUCUGCUGCCUUGCACUGAGCAUAAUAAUUUGUAAGGUCAAGUUUCCCAAGGUGCAAAGCAAUGGAGACCUGAGUUCAGCAAGUCCGUUGCUGUUCUUGUGUGUUACUUCCUGACAAACUUUUUUUUUUUUAACUCUGAGCUCACUACAGACAAAAUUGCUGCUAAUGCCGGGACAGUACACUAACAGUAGUAUCUGUUCAUCCUUCUGCUUACUGAGAUCAAAGCAGGUUUGAAACUUUUUGCUAUUUGAUAAGUUAUUAUUAGAUUCUGACCACAGUGUAAAAGCUACAUAGGCGGACCCUUGCACCUGUGCAUUACCCAAAUGCAGGCAGUGGAACUGAGUGUAGGGGGUUCACUGAGUUUCUUGUUCAUCUAGACACACGUGUUUUAAGAUGUGAUGUCUGAAAAGGGUAUUUGGCAGAUUAAUUCAGUUCUGUAGCACUGUUCGUUGUUUUCCACUGUAUGCACAAAAAGCUACCUGCUUAUGAACUUCUGCAACAGAAUUAGUGUCAAAUUACCCUUUAUUUUCAAAGUAGCUAUCAGGAAAAAUAAAACUGAUUUAACUAAUAAUGUUCUUCUGUACUGUAAUAGCAUUUUGUGAAUUACUGGAGGCUAGAAACUUGUGAAUUUUAUUUCUAGUCUGUUUUUUAAUGUUAGCAAAUUCACUAUAUCUAUUUUGUGAUUAAAACAAAAACCACUUGUAUUUAAAAAUUCUGUUUAGAAGCUUGAAUAUUUCAUUUGAAGGCCAUCUUCAAGGUGGAUUUUUGAGUAGGCUUUAAAAGUAUUAUUCAGUUCUGGAGAGAAAUGUCACUCACUGCAAAAUGGAUUAGGAAAACCAUGAAGAAUUCUGAAGGCUAUGAAAGACUCUUUUGGAACACUGUAUGCAAGCUAUAACAGCAUCUCUCUAGGAAGGGGAUUAUAACCCUGGAAAGAGAUUAUUAAAUCUAGAUUGUUGUGGGGUUUUUAAUGUAUGUACAAGUAAAAUGAGCUUGUGUAUUUUUGCGAGUUGAUCUCUAUGGUUAUUGGACUUCUCAUGCUGUAGCUUAUUUAAUUACUGAUUAAGACUUAACCU